AUGGCGGCCGGCGGCGCAGCCACCUCAUUCCCUAGGCCUCUCAAGUGGCUUUCCAGGCUGAGCCUUCCCCGCCGCCGCCACCUCAAUCCUUCCCCCACUGUAACCUCUCCGGUGAACGGCAUCACCGCCGCCGUCGGCUGCGGCGGGAACUGCGGCUUCUCUGAAGCAUUCCGCCGCUUCGACGCCAACGGCGACGGGAAGAUCUCCGGCGAGGAGCUCCUGUCGUUCCUCCUGUCGGCGGGGGAGGACGUGGGAGUCAAGGACGUGGAGAAGUUAGUGGGAGAAUUUGACUCCGACGGGGACGGUUUCAUAGAUUACGUUGACUUUGUGCGGCUCGUGAGCGACGGCGGAGAGGUGGACGGAGAUCUGAGGGCCGUCUUUGAGAUGUUUAUCGCAGAGAAAGGGGGCGGGUUCAUCACGCCGAAGGGGCUGCGCCGGGUUCUUCGCCGCCUGGGGGAGACGGCGUCUCACGAGGAGUGCGCCGCCAUGAUCCGCGCCUUCGACGGCGACGGCGACGGCGUCCUCAACUACGACGAGUUCUGCAAGAUGAUGAUGUGA